CUCUGCCCCGGCUCUGUGACUCCUCCACGCGCCCUAAUGCCCCUCUGAGCGCGCGCACAGGGAUGAACAGCGCGCACGAGAGCUGCAAAGGUAAAAAGUCUGUCCUGAGGCGCCCGGAGAAGCCUCCUUACUCUUACAUCGCUCUGAUCGUGAUGGCGAUACAGAGCUCCCCCAGUAAAAGACUCACUCUGAGUGAAAUCUACCAGUUUCUCCAGACGCGCUUCUCUUUCUUCAGAGGCGCGUAUCAGGGCUGGAAAAACUCUGUGCGACACAAUCUGUCCCUCAAUGAAUGUUUCAUCAAACUGCCCAAAGGCCUGGGCAGACCCGGGAAAGGACACUACUGGACCCUGGACCCCGGCAGUGAGUUCAUGUUUGAGGAGGGGUCCUUCAGGCGCAGACCGCGGGGCUUCAGGAGGAAGUGCCAGGGCCUGGGGCCCGUGGGGCCCGUGGGGCCCGUGGGGCCCGUGUACCGCGUCAUGAACGGGAUGAGCUUUGGAGCCUCUGUCCACCCCGGGACAUUUGACUUCCACCCGAGCUCCGGCUCUGUGUCCUGUGGGUAUAAUGUGGAGCUGACCUCAGGUGGACACGACGCGCUCAGCGCGGUCACGAGCGCGUCACACCUGUCCGCGUGCCAGAGCCGGAGCCGCGCGGACUACAGCCCGGACGUGCGCGGGGACCCGCUCUACUCUGGAGCAUCCGCGCACUGGACGUCCCCUGGAGUCUCCACGUUCAUCAAACAGCCACAAACACCCACGCACCACGUGACGUGUCCAGUGGAGCAGAGCUACAGCGGCCAGGACGCGCCGGACACGUCAGUGGGACUGUCCCGUUACUCCUCUCACUCCACCUCCACCUGCGACAGGAAGGAGCUGCUCCUGGGCCCGAGCAGCGGCCUCUACUACACCCAACACCUCCACCACAGCCCCCUCCACCACAGCCCCCUCCACCACAGCCCCCUCCACCACAGCCCCCUCCACCCACAGAGCACACGCCACGACGUGAAGCCCUGCCUCGUGUGA